CAUCUUGAAAGCAAAGUUCAUUGAAGGAUAUAUGACCCUACCUCAAUUGCUUUCUUGAGAGGGCAAAUCCCCAUUUCAGAAAAGAAAGAAAGAAAGCAAGCGAAGCAAAGAAGAAAGGAAGAGAAAAAAGAAAGCUACAAAGGAAAAAGGCUCAUAUAAAAAUCAAAAGAAGAAGAUAUGGAAGAAGUGAAAGUGAUGAUGAUGAUCAAUGGCGUAGAAAAUACUAGGAAUGAGUCCUUUCCUCUUGAGCCCAUCACCACUACCACUUGCCCAACCUGGAAAUUGUACGAGAAUCCUUUUUAUAAUUCACACAAUACUAAACAGCAUCAACACCUUCAGCAUUCCCAAACCAAUAAGCAUCUUCCUCUCUCUGCUAGAAAGAUAGCUGCUUCUUUCUGGGAUCUCACCUUCCUUAGACCUAUUAUGGAGACUGAGCUAGACUUCGCUCGAGCCCAGAUCAUUGAAUUGAAAGCUGAGCUUGAAUAUGAAAGAAAGGCUCGAAAGAAAGGGGAGACGAUGAAUAAAAGAUUGGCUAAAGAACUAGCUGAAGAGAGAAGAGGAAGAGAAGCACUUGAGAGGGUAUGCGAACAGCUUGCUAAAGAGAUUUCAUUUGAUAAAGCUGAGAUUGACCGCAUGAAAAGAGAAAUAGAGGAGGAAAGAAGGAUGCUAAGGAUGGCAGAAGUAUUAAGAGAAGAAAGGGUUCAGAUGAAGCUUGCUGAGGCAAAGAUUCUCUUUGAAGAAAAGCUGUUAGAAUUACGAGGAACUCAACACUCGACAGAACCUGAUGAGAGUUCAACAUUGAAGAUGGAACAGGAACAAGAACAAGAAAAGUACAAGAAUCAACAAGGUCAUAAGACUAUUCCUGUAAUUGCAAUUGCUUCCAAAGCUGCUACUAAUUUAUCAGGGAAAUUUAACAGGCUGUUCUUGGGUGACACUGAUAAGUUGUGUGAUGAAAAUAGCUGUUCUGAUUCAAGAGAAUCAACAAGGGCUGUUUUUAGUGGGAAAUCAUCAUAUAAUGAUAAUCUUGGCAGUGUUCCAUCAAUGACAAUUCAGCGAAGAGCAUCACCAGAGCCAGAGAAUCCUCAUAUAAAGCGAGGGAUCAAAGGGUUCGUGGAGUUUCCUCGAGUAGUUCGAGCAAUCGGAUCCAAAAGCAGACACUGGGGAACAAAGCUGGAGUGUCAAAAAGCUCAGCUAAGGAUUCUGUUAAGACAGAAGAGUCCUAUCAGAUCCAAUAAUCUCAUUAUCAGUUAAAAGAAUUAUUGGAAGAUUGUAAGGAUACUGUAAACAUGCUUUUGAAUAUGCAAUUGUUGGGAGAGGAGUGUUACAACUUUGCAAAAAUGUACAUGACUUUUGUGUUCAUCAAUACUCAAAGACAUCAUUGUUAAUUUUUCUGAAUCUUUAAGGCUGUGAAAUCUGUAAGCAUUGCUUUAGAUC